CAGUGAAUUGAGCAGGAAGAAAAACGUGAAAUGGCAGAAGAAAAGGAGGACCAGAUGGCCGACAAAGCACCCCCAGCUGAAGUGGAGGUCAAGACAGAGGCUAAACUCAUCCUCUAUCACUGGACACAGUCCUUCAGUUCCCAAAAGGUACGACUGGUGAUUGCUGAAAAGGGGUUGAAAUGUGAAGAGCAUGAUGUAAGCCUUCCAUUGAGUGAACAUAACGAACCUUGGUUUAUGCGUUUAAAUGCCUCAGGAGAAGUCCCUGUGCUCAUUCACAAAGAGAACAUAAUUUGUGAUGCAACUCAGAUUAUUGACUACCUUGAAGAUACUUUUGUGAAUGAAAAGACUCCAAAACUAAUGCCAGAAGAAGGAAGUAUGUAUUAUCCAAGGGUUCAACACUACAGAGAACUCCUAGAUUCCUUGCCUAUGGAUGCAUACACACAUGGUUGCAUUUUACAUCCUGAAUUAGCAGUAGACUCCAUGAUUCCUGCAUAUGCCACAACCAGAAUUCGUAGCCAAAUAGGUAAUACUGAAUCUGAAUUAAAAAAACUCGCUGAAGAAAACCCAGAUCUGCAAGAUGCAUAUAUAGCAAAGCAGAAACGACUCAAAUCUAAAUUGAUGGACCAUGAUAACAUAAAGUACUUACAGAAAAUACUAGAUGAGUUGGAAAAAGUUUUGGAUCAGGUUGAAACUGAGUUGCAAAGAAGAAAUGAAGAAACACCAGAAAAUGGACAUCAGCCUUGGCUCUGUGGAGAAUUCUUUAGCUUGGCUGACGUAUCCCUUGCUGUAACACUCCAUCGUCUGAAGUUCAUUGGACUAGCAAGGAGAAGUUGGGGAAAUGGAAAGCGGCCUAACUUGGAAGCCUAUUAUGAGCGUGUCUUGAAGAGACAACCAUUUCAUAAGGUUUUGGGACAUGUCAACAACAUACUAAUCUCAGCAGUUCUUCCAACAGCAUUUCGAGUAGCGAAGAAGAGGGCACCCAAAGUUUUUGGCACAACUCUCCUGGCUGGCUUUUUAGCAGGAAUAGCAUAUUUUGCAUUUAUGUGUGCUCGGAAGAGGUUUGCUAACUUGCUAUUAUCAAUAAGAGGAAGGCAGAGUUAUCUGUAGGUGCUUCCUUGCUAGAUUGGGAUCAUAGUACUUUAUUUUCCAAAGAGGUUGAUUUGAAGAAUAAUGGUCCAAAAUAUUGUCUUCUAUUAUUAGGCCUUUUUCUGACUGUAGAAAUACAUUAGUAACGUAAAGAAAUCUUGCAAAUUUAAGGGAAAAAACACGAUUAAUUUCAAACAUCUUGCUAUGCUAUUAUAUGUUCAAUAUUAUAAGUUCAAUAUGAUUUGGAUUUAGUGUAACAUCCAUCAAGCCAUUAUGGAUCAUAAACUAUUGUUGAUGGGUUCCCUGUUGUAAGCAAUGUUUCAGUAACCUAUGGGUAAAAAACCCCACGGUUAACUCAAUGUGUGAAACAGCCAGUAGGUUGUUUGUGGAACUGUGGAAGCAUAUUUUUGUUCCCUCUUGCUCCGUGCUGCCUUUAUUUUUUCUUUUUUAUAAUGUCUUUAUUAAUUUUCAACAUCAAACUUUAAAAUACAAAUUAAUAGAAAAGGGAAAGGGAAUUAAAUUAAAAUUAAAAGUGACAAAAAUAUAUCAAACAAAUUUGUAACAAAAAUGAGCUCUUUCUUUCUUUUGAUACAGCAAUAACAAUAGAACCACCCCUUUCUUAGUUUAAACAAAUAGCACCAAUAUACAAAACACAUUAAAAUACUAAUAAUCAAUUUACUAAAAUCUCCAAUAUGCAUAAAAUAUUAUUCUCUUAAUUUUAUCUAAGAAGUAGUAAAUUAUUAAAUACAAAUCUCUAUGUUUAAAAAGCUGAAAUAUUUCUCUAGUUGAAUCCAGUCUCAUCUUCAGAUCUCAAAGUCAAAAGUUGAUUUUCCUCCUUAUUGUAUAAGAAAUCUAACAAUGGACUCCAAGUCAUAAAAAAUCUAGUCAAAUCAUACUGCCUUUCUUUACCUACAGAAGAAUUUAUCUGGAGAACAGGUCUAGGCCUCUGAGCAGGAUAGGAUGAAGGAUGCAGAGCAGGGGUGAAAUGCUCCCGGUUCUGACCGAAUCUCGCGAUCCGGUAGCAAUCCUGGCCGGUGGUUCGGCGAUCCGGUAGCAAUCGCCGAACCACCGGCCACACCUGCUGCCCGGGUGUCAUUACUUCCUGGUUUUAAUGUGUUUUUUACCUUCUGCGCAUGCGCAGCUCUGCACGCGCAUGUGAUGUGUGUGGGCAGCAUGUGGACUUCCGAGCCGGUAAAGAAGAUAAGUCGAUUUCACCCCUGAUGCAGAGUUGUGGGUUAAAGCUGGAUUUAUCUGAAACUGGAUAGAUGGAGUUUUCUUAAAUUUAAUUCUGUGCAGAGCCCUUCAUGUAAUUUUGAUUAACUUCCUCCCCUUCACAUCAUUCUGGAUAUUAUCUCAUUAUGUUAAGGUGAGUCCCUAGCCCUUCAUUUUUCCUAAACAUUAUCUAUCUAUCUAUCUAUCUAUCUAUCUAUCUAUCUAUCUAUCUAUCUAUCUAUCUAUCUAUCUAUCUAUCUAUCUAUUUUCCAUCUUACCAAUAAGCCAACUCUAAGCGACUUACAAAUGAUAAAAAAGAUAAAUACAGAAACAAUUACAAUUUAAAAAGCCACAAAAAGUCAUGUCAUUUAUUAAAGUCACAAUUAUAAGUCAUUGUAUCUUACCAGUGAAUUUGUUUGUAAACAAUGGAAGUUUAUAUCUGUCAUUUUAAUAGAAUGUUGUACUGUGAUUGGCUUAUAAAGCUUAUUAAAUGUUGGCUGACACAAUGGCACAUGCUUCAAUUACAGCCUUAAAAAGAUAUGACUAGAUAGAUAGCAGAUAGCAUUCCAAGGCAUAAAUUAAAGUUAUGCCUAUCAGACUUUCUUGAUUGUGUGAUUUGGAAACAUUUAUGCACAUUAGUGAUCUAUAAUCCAUUCAUUUAGAAGCAGUGGGCAUUUUAUACUGGAUUUUGUGCAGAUAAUAUAUGGGUAAUUGUUUUUUUUCUUAAUGUAAACCUGUUUCGUGCUAGUGUAUUAAUGCA